AUAUAAGGCAUAAUAAGACUACUAAAGUCGAAAACGAAGGAAUAGGCAGAGAGGGUCUGAGACGAAGCAAAGAAGAAGAAAAGAAAGGGCGACCUCUGAGUUGUCUGUGAUGGCUGGGUUUGUUCUUCGAGAGAUCGGCGGUGGCAACAUGUUUUGCAGAUGAGUUUGUUAGUUUAGGAAUUUUUCUUUUUUUUUCUUCUGAAAACUUUAAACGACUCACGGUUUAUGCGAUUACGGCUGGCUCAAAUAACUAUAUGAACUCUGUUUCCAUGACUAUAACUCAGUGAUUCCUUGGAGAACAAUGCUCAACCCAAACGGCGUCGUUUGCAGACUCAGGAAAUUACAGCUUCUUGUUCAUUGUUGCCCAAUACUGAAACCCAAAACUAACAGUAAUUCUGUUCCAUCAUUUUGUUUUGGCUCAGCUUCGAAAUCCACUGGCUUGUAUUCACUAAACAAAAAGAUAUCGCAUUUGGUCCGUACUGGUCGGCUUAGUGAGGCCAGAGGUGUGUUUGAUAACAUGAAGCAUCGGAACACAGUCUCGUGGAAUUCGAUGAUAAGUGGGUAUGUCAAACGAGGAGAAAUGGGCAAUGCACGGAAACUGUUUGAUGAAAUGCCUGAAAGAGAUACCGUGUCCUGGAAUUUGAUGAUUUCGGGUUAUAUAUCGUGUCGUGGAAAAGGGUAUAUUGAGGAAGGGAGGAACUUGUUUGAUAAGAUGCCGGAGAGAGAUUGCAUUUCGUGGAACACGAUGAUUAGUGGCUAUGCAAAGAAUGGGAGGAUGGAUGAGGCAUUACGGAUUUUUAAUAGUAUGCAUGAGCGGAAUGUGGUUUCUUGGAAUGCUAUGGUUACUGGGUUUUUACGUAAUGGUGAUGUGGUGCGUGCCAUCGAGUAUUUUGAGAGAAUGCCGGAAAGGGAUGCGGCUUCUCUUAGUGCAUUUGUAUCGGGUCUUAUUCAGAAUGAUGAAUUGGAUAAAGCUGCAAGAGUUCUGCUUGAAUUUGGUAAUAAGGAUGAAGGGAGAGAAGAUUUAGUGCAUGCAUAUAAUACUUUGAUUGCAGGUUAUGGUCAGAGGGGAAGGGUUGGAGAAGCUCGGCACCUUUUUGAUCAGAUUCCAUUUUAUGGUGAUCGUGGGAAAAAGGGAAGCAGGACGUUUGAGAGAAAUGUGGUGUCAUGGAAUUCUAUGAUUAUGUGCUAUGUUAAAGCAGAAGAUAUUGCUUCUGCCAGGGAAAUUUUUGACCAAAUGACCGAGAGAGAUAUUUUUUCAUGGAAUACUAUGAUAAGUGGCUAUGUGCAUUCGUCAAAUAUGGAAGAGGCCUCAAAUCUCUUUGGUAAAAUGCCAAAUCCUGAUACCCUGUCUUGGAAUACAAUGGUCUCAGGGUUUGCAGAAAUUGGUAGUUUGGAACUUGCCAAUGAUUUCUUCAGGAGGAUGCCUCAGAAAAACCUGGUAUCGUGGAAUUCCAUGAUAGCAGGGUAUGAGAAAAAUAAGAACUAUAAAGGAGCGGUUAAGCUCUUCACUCAGAUGCUACUUGCAGGAGAGAAACCUGAUAGACACACUUUGUCUUCAGUUCUCAGUGUGAGUACUGGGCUGGUUGAUCUUCACCUGGGUAUGCAAAUUCAUCAGCUGGUAGCGAAGACAGUUAUUCCAGACGUGCCAAUAAAUAACUCUCUCAUUACCAUGUAUUCAAGAUGUGGGGCAAUAAAUGAGGCCUGGACCAUUUUUGAUGAGAUGAAACUGUGGAAAGAUGUGAUCUCUUGGAAUGCAAUGAUUGGAGGUUACGCAUCUCAUGGUUUUUCUGACGAGGCUCUGGAACUUUUCAAAUUGAUGAAGAGGCUUAAUGUAAGACCUACAUAUAUAACGUUCAUUUCAGUUCUGAAUGCGUGUGCUAAUGCAGGAUUAGUUGAAGAAGGCCGGAAGCAGUUCAAGUCCAUGUCUAGUGAAUAUGGUAUUGAACCACGGGUUGAACACUUUGCUACACUUGUAGACAUUGUGGGUCGGCAUGGGCGGCUUGAGGAGGCCAUGGAUUUGAUCAAUAGCAUGCCCUGUGAACCAGAUGCGGCUGUGUGGGGUGCAUUGUUAGGUGCUUGUAGGGUGCAUCACAAUGUAGAGUUGGCCCGAGUUGCAGCUGAAGCAUUGAUGAGACUUGAACCUGAAAGUUCAGCGCCAUAUGUUUUGCUAUAUAAUAUGUAUGCUGAUGUGGGACAGUGGGACAAUGCAGCAGAAGUGAGAAUGAUGAUGGAAAAUAAUAAUAUCAGAAAGCAACCAGGGUAUAGUUGGGUAGAUUCUUCACAUAACUAAUGAUAAUUUUGCAUUGAUAAAAUCAAUGCAUCGAGUAAUUGGAUUCAAUGGAGUCAUUUUCCCAACUGUUUAUGUCAGUUUCCUCUGAUCAAGAGAAGAUAAAAUCAGUCUACAGAGUUCAGUAUACUUGUUUGAAUCACUUUUGAAAGACAGAGAGAGAAAAGGUUAUUGGGGAAAGAGAAUGAGAAGGUUAAGAAUAUUAUUCCCCUUACUCCUGGUUUUUUGUCAUGCCUCUAUGGAUCUUGUAAUGCUGUAGAUGGUCUUUCCAAAAGCACAUGCAAAUUAUUUCUGAAUAUAAAAAAUGAGAAACAUAGUCAGAAAGUUGAUU